CUGCUGACAAUUGUAGACUUUCAACCAACCACGUCAUCCACGGCACUGAUUAAUGCAACUUACUGGCUGGGUGCAAUAAUUAGCUACCCAUUCACCCAAUUUAUCGGAGAUCAUUGGGGAAGAAAGAGAGUCAUUUAUGUUGGAGCAGUCGUCUCCGUCAUUGCAACCGUCCUUCAAGCAGCGGCUCAAAACGUACCGAUGUUUGUAGUGUCUCGUGUUCUGUUUGGUUUCACUGCCAUUCUUUCGGGCAACUCAGCUUCUGUCCUGGUGGCUGAGUCGGUCCACCCUCGGGAUCGCAACGUAUUAACAGCAUCGUACAAUUCGAACUAUUACAUCGGCGCUAUCCUUGCAGCCUGGACGACGUUCGGCACUGGUGCUAUUGCGAGUUCUUGGUCAUGGAGAAUUCCCAGCCUGUUACAGGGUGUCUGUGCGGUUAUCAAUGUCCUGUUUCUACCCUUUGUGCCCGAAUCCCCUCGUUGGCUCGUUGCCAAGGGCAGAGUGGGUGAAGCGUCGCAUGUCUUGGCAGAUGCUCAUGCUAAUGGAGACCUCGAUGAUCCGCUCGUGAGAGCUGAACUGCACGAGAUUAAAGAGAACAUUCGGCUACUGAAAAACGACAACCCAUGGAGAGACAUCUACUCCUCUUCAUCUAACCGAAAGCGCCUGUUUAUCCUCAUCUUUCUCGGAUUCUCCAUGAACUGGUCAGGGAAUGGGCUGGUGUCCUAUUACCUUUCCAAAGUGUUGGCGACUGUCGGCAUCACAUCUCAAGAUGAACAGACACUCAUCAACGGCAUUCUGUCCAUUACAUCUUGGUUAACCUGCAUUGUUGCUUCCUGGUCGGCAGGCCGCAUCGGACGUCGCACGCAAUUCUUAACUUCAUCUCUCGUGAUGCUCGCCUCCUUCACUGCCGUCACUAUCUCUAAUUCAGUGGUUGCUCGGGAGCCAUAUAGCAAACAUGCGUCAGUUUCAGUAAUUUUCUUUAUUUUCCUCUUUAUGAGUGGCUACAACUGGGCCUUCAACCCUCUAGCAUACUCCUACCCUCCGGAGAUCCUGCCAUAUAACCUGCGUCUCAUUGGACAGUCAACAAUUCUGUUUGCUUGCACGAUUGCCGGCUUUUUCAACACAUAUGUCAACCCAAUCGGAUUAGCAAACAUUGGUUGGAGAUAUUACAUUGUCUACAUUGCGUGGCUCGCCACUGAAGUCGUCGUUAUUUAUUUCACUUUCCCAGAGACACUUGGAUACUCUCUCGAAGAGAUCAGCCCACUCCUCGAAGACGACGGGUUCAUAACAAAACUAAGGAAGAAACAUACUGUAGAGAAAACCAAAGUUGCAACUAUAGGGCAUGCGUAA